AGACUUCUCCAGACCAUGGCGUUCGCAGCAAAGAGGGCGCUGCUCAAUCCUCGCUUCGAAGCCUAUCGCUUGAUUGAUGACGACGACGGAGAUGCCUCCUCUCGAGUCGUCGAACAGUCCUUUCCACUCCCUGGCAGCACCUUCUCAUCUUCCUCGUCGGCAGCGGCUCCGCUAGGAUACAAGGAGCUCAAGGAUCGCUCGAGGCACCCUCACCUCGCAGCGGGCGCGAGGCCGAAUCAGGCUGCUUACAUUGACGGCAAUGGCUUUGUUGUCCUUGUGACGUUCGAACCAGAGGACCUACACCCGUCAUUCCAUCCCCUUCACCGUAUUUCGACAGCAACCAAGGAGCUCCCAUCUCUGAUAGCAAUCGACAGCGAUCGAUGGCUCGUCUCGGAUGGCAAUGGUCUUGUUUCCCUUCUGCGCACCUCGCAACUGGAGUCUUCCUCGAGAUGGACUGGGGCGAUAGUCAAGACAUGGGCCCUUGGCCAGCAAGAGCCUUUCAAGCUACUGUCAGCCGUCCAACUGCGCCAAAAAGACUGUAUUCAAUUCGUACUGCAAAGAGCAGAUAGGGUCGAGCAAAUGGUUACUAAGCGACCCGGACUAGGAGGAAGCAUGGGUUCCUCGUCAGCGACUUGGCCAACAGCGCAGACGGUGUUCGAGAUUCUCGUGACUCGGAUUCAGCUCGGGGACGAAGUUGGAGUCGGAUUGGGAGCGGAAGGCGGUGACCAGGCGGCAGGAUCGGCAGUGACAGUGAUGGAGCUGGUGGAAAGGUUCGUUUCAGAUGAACCGUGCUACUUUGUUGAGCAGGACGAAGCGACAGUCUAUCUCGCGGCCGAAGCCCCCAUUCGUAUGGAUCCUAGUAAGGAAGGGGCCGCUUCGCCGCAAUCGCCGCCACCAGGAAAGAGAGCCAAAGUCACGCAGGAGGAAGAUGUGUCCAAAUUAUCAGGCCAGAAUCACGAAAAAUUGAGACCGAAGAGACCGCCACCGCCUUAUUCAUGGACACAGACUUCUGAGACUGUGACGGUCGUCUUUAUGCUUCCGUCGACCGUCGAGAAACGCAAUGUGCGCUGCCAAUUUACGAGCAAAGCCCUUCAACUCAAGCUGUCUCCUACCUCCUCCUCCAACGACGGACCACGGAUUGUCGAGAUCGGAAAUGGAACUGAGGAAGAGGAAGAAGAGAGCGAGGCGGCGCAUCCAGCUGCUCAAAAUCUCAAGGACGGUCGGUACGCACCGCGAAGCUUUUGGGCAGACACAGACCCGGACGGAUCGGUCUGGACUUGGGAGAAAGUUCAUGGGAAGAGCACUGAGAAGGAAAAGCAGGUGAGCCUUUUGACGUUGCACCUUGAGAAGGCCCAAGUCGGAUCGAGGUGGACAACCGUCUUCAAAGAUGAGGAGGAAGAGGAGGUGCCGGAGACGCUCGACCCGACAGAGCUUCUCGAUGUUCUGGACGGUCUCGAAAGAUAUGCCGGACCGGAGUCGACCGGCGGCAACGUUGGAGGGACCACGGCUGAUGAAACAAAACCAUCGAGUCUGCUGCAAGACGGUCUGGAGGAGGAAGAUGCGACCGUAGGAAAGCCCUGCUUUGUGCUGCGAAUGCAAACAACCCCGCCUUCCGAGGUCCAAGCCAUGAUCCCCGUGUCAAAAGAGUAUGGACCAGGUCCACUGAUGUGUCUCGCGACACCGCUCCCUUUCUCACCGGAGAGUCUUGCCGCUAAACUCGUCUUCAAAAGAGACCUGGACGGCAUAGUCUUUGAACAGGAGCCCUCUCAAGGGUGGAAUCACGUUGAGACGUUGCCGGCGCUCGCAUACGUUCUCGCGUCCAAACGAGACGCCCACCGGACUUACAUCUUCCCUCGACGAUCGACGGAGGGCUCCGUCGUGCUGGCCUUUGAAAAUGCACCCGCUGUCGAGGAAGAGAGGCGGCACGGCACGUCAUCGAUGGGCGCGGGGAAUCUAUUCGUCUAUUACACGCCCAAGAAUGUCGCCCAACCGGGGCAGCCGUUGCGCUAUGACAACACAUCGAGGAGCAGAGUCAUACGAUUGGGCACUCGACAAGACUCGAAAGAGGACCAGGAGCAAGGCAGCCCAAGUGGACCUCUCGUCUCUGUCGCAGCACUUCAUCUCGAGACUGCGUCAGGAGGCGAGGAUGUACUGGUGUGCCUCUGCCAAAAGAGGCUCUUGCUGUUGACAAACGUCUUGUAGCGUAAUAAGAUCGAUUGUCCACGAAGAGCAAGACUAACGGUACAAGAACUGGCAGGCAAGACGAGAUGCUAAAAGCUGGUCGUUAUGAGAAUGUCCUUCAGUAUGCGUGAGAAUAGUACUGGUCGCCUCCUUGCCCUUCGGAGGCACCUGUGGC